AUGAGCUGCCAGGUUGUGAACCCUACACUGCAAAGCAUUUAUCCCCUAUCAUCGACACUCAACAUCCUCCGCACGCUUAACCCCACCCUCACUCCGCUCCCCAAUGUCACCGGCUUCGGCUCUGCCGGAUCAAUCUACGCGCAGCUUUUCUACGACGGUGUCGAGCAGUUCUACUGCAACGCCGACUCGUGCUCUCAGGAUCUGGGAAAUUCAACGUCCACAGACGGCAGCUCUGACUGGACAUGCCAAAAUCUGCAGUGCACCUGCAUUGCAAACACGAGCUUCUGCGGGGGAGUCCCGCAUUCGGACCUCACGCAGACGAUCGACGGGCUGACCGGCACGCUCGCCAUCUCCUGCGACGCGCUCUCCACCGAGAACAACACCGCGAGUUGCGCCUUCAAGCAGUCUAUCAUAGACGCCGUGUUCGGGGCCUCCGGCCUCACCCUCACUGGUUGUGCGUUCGGCGAGUGUGUCAGUCAGAACGUCAUCGACACCAUCAACUCGAACAUCACGGGCUCCUCCGGAAACACUGGCAGCAAGGGCAAGCAGCUGAGUGGUGGCGUUAUUGCUGGCCUUGCAGUCGUAGGUGGUCUCAUCGGGCUCGCACUGCUGUUCUUGGUGUACGGUUGGAUCAAUCAGCGGCGCGCCAGAAAGUCCGGAGCGAGUGCGGCCGGGCACACCGGUGGUGUCGCAGUAGACUGGGCGGAAGUCAGUUACUUCGUGCCUGCCACAGGUAACGCGCGCUGGCUAGGCGGUUCCUUGAGGAGACGGCGUGCGCGCGACCUGAACAACCAUAAAGUCGUGUUGGAUGCUGUCGGUGGUCAUGUCCCGGCUGGACAGAUGAUGGCGAUUAUGGGGCCUAGUGGUGCCGGCAAGACGACCUUGAUAGAAAUCCUCGCCGGGAAAAGAAAGUCGGGUCACACCACAGGCGUCGUGACAUACCCUGUGUCAAGUACCGUGGUCAAACGUGCUCCGCAGAUUGGCUUUGUUCCGCAGCAAGACAUCCUCCCACCGACGCUCACGGUGCACGAGGCCCUCUUCUUCGCCGCCCGCCUGCGCCUGUCCGAGUGCAUCCCCGACUCAGACAAGCGUGCGCGCGUGGACGACGUGCUCGAGAAGUUGGGCAUCUCGCACAUUCGCGACGUUCGGAUCGGCGAUGGCGAGAAGAGGGGCAUCAGCGGUGGUGAGAUGCGGCGGGUCAGCAUUGGCCUCGAGCUUGUCGCGAAGCCGGACGUGUUGAUUCUCGACGAGCCUACUUCCGGACUCGACUCUGUAUCCGCUGCGAAGGUAGCCACCGUGUUGCAUGGGCUCGCGCAUGAUGUGGAGAACCCGACCGCUGUGAUUGCGUCGAUACACCAGCCCAGCUCGCGACUAUACCAAACCUUUGAUCAGAUCCUCGUGCUCGCGCAAGGGCGCGCGAUCUAUUCCGGCGAAGGUGGUGCCGCGCCUGCAGAGCACUUUACCGCUCAGGGCAUCCCUUACAAGGCAGGCUACAACGUGGCGGACUACCUGUUAGAAGUUGCUAGCGACCCUCCCGUCGGUCUCUUCCAGUGCAUCAAAAGCGUGAACACCAGAAGUCGCGAUGACGCGGAGAAGGCGUCGAGUAGCGAAGUACUGGCAUCAGGCGACGACGCGGAGAAAGGUAAUGCCAGCAGGUCGUUGCCUCCGCUGCCCGCCAUCGCAGCGCCGAAACACAAGCGGACACACCGCCUUGGGCCAAAGUAUGCGACCACCUUCUUGACACAGCUGGAAGUUCUCUCGGGUAGGGAGUGGAAGAUUUUGAGAAGAGAUUACACCUUGUUCUUUGCGCACAUCGCCGUUGCCUGUGUCUUGGGUGUGAUCUGCGGUGGCUUAUACUACCAGACAGGCGUUAGUAUUGCCGGAUUCCAGUCACGCAUUGGAUGCCUAUUUUUCUUAGGCGCCCUCAUAGCUUUCUCCUCACUCAGUGCGCUAUACAACAUCGUAGACAUCCGACCGUUGUUUUUGAGAGAGCGGUCUGCUUCAUACUACAGCCCGACUGCAUGGUUGCUAUCACGGGUCAUCUUCGACGUACUCCCGCUGCGAGUGAUUCCGACGAUCAUCGUCGGGACGAUUACCUACUGGAUGGUGGGCUUGGCACAUGAUGCCGCGCAUUUCUUCAAGUUCCUCUUGAUCUUAGUGUUGUACACCCUCGGAAUGACACUCUUCAACUUCCUGCUCGCCUGCGUAUUCCGCAAUGGCGGAAUCGCCAUCCUCUUGAGUGCUCUCCUCGCCCUGUACCAGAUGACGUAUGCCGGCUUCUUCUUGCACCUCACGAGCAUCCCGCCGGUGCUCCGCUGGCUGCAAUGGCUGUGCCCGCUCAAGUACACGCUCGAGGCGCUCUCCGUCAAUGAGGUCGGCUCCGGCCUGCAGAUCCAGGACACGCUCGCAGGUGUUCCCGUGGAAGUGUCCGCUAGCCUGAUCAUGCAGAUGCUGUUUGGCUUCGGCGAAAAUAAUUACUACAGAGACGUGCUGGUGCUGUUUGCGUUCAUCGCCGGGUUCGGGUUGGGCGUGAUCGGGGUCGUCUGGUUCAAGGUGCGGGAGAGACGCUGA